UUUAAUCUAACCUCUUUGCCUAGGAGUUGUUUAAACACUGUUCAACCCUUUAAUUAACGUCUGAUUCAACAACAACCAUAGGGCAUAUUCUUAUAAGACUUGGAGUGGUUUGGAAUUUCUCUCUCUGGCUUUUUCGGGGCUCAACAAGGAUUAAAAACCAUUUUCUAAGGGGUUCACUUGCUGCUGUCAGAGUCUCCCUCUCCUACCAUGAGGGGGAUUAUACUGCUAUCCCUCUUGGCACUGUGUCAGGCCGGGCCCUACAAGCCAAUCAACGUCUUGGAUAUCAUGAGGCGGCAUGACAUCAUGCAGCAGGAUGCCGCGGAUGACGACGAUGAUGACAACAACUUCCUGUUCCCUUCCUGGGCGUCCCCACCCUCUGACUCCCCUGACCCGGACUGCCCCUUUGGCUGCCAGUGCUCUCUGAGGGUGGUUCAGUGUUCAGACCUGGAUUUGAAAGCAGUGCCAAAAAACAUCCCCAAAGAUGCAUCAAUGAUUGACCUGCAAAACAACAUGAUAAAGGAAAUCAAAGAAAAUGACUUCAAAGGGAUCAAUAAUAUUUACGCGCUGUUCCUGGUCAACAACAAGAUCACAAAGAUUCACCCCAAGGCGUUCAGCAACAUGAAGAAACUGAAGCUGCUGUACUUGUCCUACAACCUGCUGACACAGAUACCCGCCAACCUGCCCAAAAAUAUCUUGGAGCUCAGGAUCCAUGACAACAAGAUCAACAGAAUCCAGAAGGACGCCUUCCGAGGAAUGAGAUCUCUGCAUGUUCUAGAGAUGAGCGCAAAUCCCCUUGCAAACAGUGGCAUUGAGUUAGGAGCUUUUGAUGGCAUGUCUACCCUAUAUUUAAGAAUUGCAGAGGCCAGGCUAACGGCAGUACCAAAAGACCUUCCUUCCUCACUCACUGAACUUCACCUGGAUUACAACAAAAUCGGAAAAGUGGAAGUGGAGGAUUUCUUCCGAUACAGAAACUUACUGAGGUUGGGGCUUGGAUUUAACCAAAUCAAGUUUGUAGAGAAUGGAAGCUUGGCCAGUAUUCCUAACAUCAGAGAACUUCACUUGGAUAAUAACAAACUCAGAAGUGUUCCUCCGGGUUUGGAUUUACUUAAGUAUCUACGGGUGGUAUACCUCCAUGCGAACAGCAUCACCCGUGUGGGAGUGAAUGACUUUUGCCCCAAUCAGGGGAAUGUGAAGAAGGCCCUGUAUGCAGGCAUCAGCCUGUUCGCUAACCCGGUGAAGUACUGGGAGGUCCAGCCCGCCACCUUCCGCUGCGUGUCCGGCCGCAGGGGGGUGCAGUUGGGCAACUUCAGGAGAAAGUGAAACCCUGCCGCCUGCUGGGUCAAACGCAGACAGGCGUCUCAUAUUCCCGGUUCUGCUGGGCUUCAUUCCGCCAGAGCACCUAGCCACUUCCUUCAACCCGUUAUUAUCCACAACCAGAACCAAAUUCGUUGCUCUUUUCUGUUCGGGAAAGAGUUAACGAUUUUGGGAUGGGGAACUGGAAAAAAGAAAAAAAAAAAAAACCCCUGCCGAAAUGUGGCCCUUCAGGACCAGAAAAGGGAGACCUUGGUCCUACGUGUUAACCGAGGUUAAGAGCUUUGAGCACGGAGAGCAGGGUCUCAUUACUUGAAAAUCCUACGAGCAUGAAAUGAGAAUGGAAGGACAAACAAUUACAGUAUAAUCAACCAAAGGGUUACUCUGCAGGGAUAACAUUGCAAGACACCUUAUGAAGCUAGUCUGAUCAGUUUAAGGAAAAUGUGGGCGCUUUGUUUUUUAAUAGCAAUUUUCUGUCUUUUUAUUAAAGAGGAUCCACUACAAAACAGUGGUAAUUUACCCCCUGAUUAAGAUCUACCAAGUGCAAUCAUUACCUUAGUUUACUAUUGAGCAAAUUCUUGAAAAUGACUGUGUUUACAUCCUGCUUUGGUAUACACAUGUUGUAUUUUCAUGGAAGCAUUUUGAAAAUGAGAAGGAGUAGACGCUGGACAAAAAAUACGAUUUAAUGUCCGAUACGAUGUUGUUAAUCUUAUAGCAUUUUUAUAUAGACAUUACAAUGUAGAAAAUUCAACUGUUUGUAUGAUGGUCACUGUUUAAAACUUACAUACAGUUCAUACAUUAGGGCAACAGCAAAAUACAGCUUUAUACCUCUUUUGUACCACUCAGCUGACUAAACAUGGUGUCUAAUGCUCUUUCCAUUUGUACUAACCCUGCAUAACCUGUGUGUAAGAAAAUCUUAAAACUGUAACUUCCUUAUUCAGAUUCUCAAAAAUGAUUCCAUUGCUCCCCCUUCUGGCAAUAUUAUAUCAUUACAGUGUAUUACUGUACAUCACUGCAAAAGCAAUAGAGAGCACUUGCAGCAUUUUACUGUUCUAGGAUUAAAUGCAUCCAGUAUAACUCUACCACAACAGAAUCAGUAAUCCACUGGUUUAAACUGAAUUAAUAGGUUUAGCUUCUUCUUUUCAAUAUCACAACACACUCACACUUUGCACACUGUACUUCAUCAACAAUUAGAAACAGCCAUGAAUGAAGUCGGUUAGUAGCACCACUAUAUACACACUUGGAAUUUAUACUUUGAUUUCACGUUGCAUGCUUCAGUAAUAGUAGUAGUAGUACAUACCUGUUCCCUUCUCAUGAAUUUUCUAUGGCAAAGAAAGCCAUCCUAGGAUCUGUUCUUCAAUGUGCUUUCAUCUGAAUUUAUUUCAUUGUAUAUAUGCA